AAGCCUAAUAUAUCGGUCGUAAAGUCGGCGCAAGUUGCAACACAAGCCAAGACAGAGAGAAGCGCGUGGCUUGAUCUGAACUCACCAAUAGCCAAGCUCGAGAUGGGCGGGUUCGAGUUGAUCAACAAUUCCGAAACGACUCCGGCGUCACCAGCCGGGAAGGCUGGCAUGCUUCCCCUUGUCUGGGCCUGCCCUCUGCCCUUCCGCGUCCCUCGCUGUAGUGGCUGGUCACGAUGCGACCCC